AUGAAAUAUUUGAUUUGUUUCAUUUUCAUUUUUGGAAUAUUUAUUAAUAUUUCAAAUUCAAUAAAUUGUUUUGUAUGUGAUUCAAAAGAAGAUGAACAUUGUCCAGAAACAUGGACACGUAAAGAUAUACUACCUAUCGAAUGUGGUGGACCUGAUGGUGUACAAGACGCUCGAUUUUGUAUUAAGACAAUUGCUGUUUUUGGAGGUGCUGUGGCUACAAAACGUUUUUGUAGUUCACGUGAUAUGGAUAAUCAAUGUAUUGAAGUAAAAUAUCCUCAAGAUGAAAAAAUGUACUAUUCAUGCACAUAUACAUGUUCACAUGAUGGAUGUAAUGGAACAUCUCAUUUAAAUAUAUCAGCAAUUUUUGUACUUUUUUUUAUAUUAAUACAAUUUUUUUGCGUUUAA